AUGGAGGCUUCAUCUCUGAGUUCCGCCUUCAAUAUUACAUCAAACAAUACCGUGAGGUUGUCAAAUAAUAAGCUCGGCGGAGGUUGCUCGUUGAAGGUGAAAAAGAAAGUGAAUGUGUGUUGCCAAAGUGGCAAAAAAGCCAUCAAGUCCAGUGGAUCGUCGUCGUUGAUCACAGAAAGGUCGUCAACUUUGAUGAAUGCAGAUCAAGGGGCAGCUCUCAUGGAAACCAGCUUGAGUUUAGCUCCAAAUGGUAGCACUCAGACGGAGAUUGAGGUGAAGGAUUUGGUUCCUUAUAGUCAUGGAACUUCAACCUCCCUCGUGGAAAGGCCUGCAGAUGGAAUUGGGAUCACCAACUUUCUCGGAGGGAAAACGUUUCUUGUUACUGGAGCUACUGGAUUUCUAGGAAAAGUUCUUGUAGAAAAGAUACUAAGGACAGCACCAGAUGUCCACAAGAUAUACAUCUUGAUCAAGGCAAAGAACAAGGAGGUUGCCAUCGAGAGAGUGAAAAAUGAAAUUAUCGAGGCGGAACUUUUCGAGUGUCUCAGGCAAACUUACGGGAAAUCCUACCAGGCGUUUAUGCUGAGCAAGAUAGUUCCCGUAAUUGGAAAUGUCUGCGAAGCUAAUCUUGGGUUAGAUGAAGAUACAACCCAUAUGCUGGCCAAAGAGGUUGAUAUAAUUGUCAAUUCUGCAGCUAAUACAACUUUUGAUGAAAGGUAUGAUGUUGCCCUCGAUAUAAACACUGGCGGACCGAGCCGGUUGAUGAGCUUUGCCAAACAAUGCCACAGAAUUCAGCUCUUCUUGCAAGUGUCUACAGCUUACGUUAAUGGGCGGCGACAAGGAACAGUUAUGGAGAAGCCAUUUUCUGCUGGUGAGAGUAUAGCAAGAGAGAGUCUCCUCUUUGGAGCAGACUGCAUAUUCCUCCCCACCUUGAAUGUUGAAGAUGAGAUAAAGUUAGUUAUAGAAUCAAAACAAGCUAUUGAUGAUAGCGUUUUGGCUCAAAGGAUGAAGAGUCUUGGUCUAGAGAGGGCAAACAAAUUUGGAUGGCAAGACACGUACGUGUUCACAAAAGCUAUGGGAGAAAUGAUGAUUGAUAGUUUAAGAGGUGACAUUCCAGUUGUGAUCAUUCGACCGAGUGUUAUCGAGAGCACUUACAGGGAACCAUUUCCAGGAUGGAUUGAAGGAAGCAGGAUGAUGGAUCCUGUUCUCCUGUACUAUGGAAAAGGGCAGCUUUCGGGGUUUCUGGCAGACCCCAAUGGUGUCCUUGAUGUUGUUCCAGCAGAUAUGGUCGUUAACGCCAUUUUAGCAGCCAUGGCAAAGCACGGGGAAGCUGGAAAAUCAGGAAGUAAUAUCUAUCAGAUUGCUUCAUCUGUGGUCAACCCUCUAGUUUUCAAGGAUCUUGCAACAUUGCUUUACGAGCAUUUCAAUUCCUCCCCAUGCUUUGAUUCGAAAGGGAAACCAAUUCGUGUCCCGAAAAUGGAGCUAUUCAGGUCUAUGGAAGAUUUUUCCACUCACCUUAGGAGAGAUGCAAUCAGCAGAAGUGGUCUAGCAGCUAGCCCUCACCCAGGUGGAAAGAUGUCCGGAAAGCUCGAAAGCAUCUGCAGAAAAUCAGUGGAGCAAGCAGAAUACUUGGCCAAUCUGUAUGAGCCAUACACUUUCUACGGCGGAAGGUUUGACAACAGUAACACGCACUUGUUGAUGGGGUAUAUGUCUAAAGAAGAAAGAAGGAAGUUUGGAUUUGAUGUGGAGAACAUAGACUGGAAAGAUUACAUCUCAAAUAUCCAUAUUCCAGGUUUAAGAAGGCAUGUCAUGAAGGGUAGACUGGGACGCAGCUAAGUUGUUCCAGCUCCUAUCCAUAUGGGUUUGAUAGUUAUAGUCUAUAUGUAAUUGACGUUCUCCUUUUUCCUUUACUCUGUUGUAACUUUCCUUCAAGGAGGCAAUGAAAUAAAAAGGUUAG